GUUCAGCUGAACUGUCGGCGACUAGCGCAAUGACUGGAAUUACUGCAUCCACUUUUGUGCAGCCUGCUGAUUUUGCAAAGGAGCUGCAGCAGAGAGUGACAAUGUUCCACGCUGGCGAUGAACUGUAUUCUGGUGCCUGGCUAUCGGACUUCCAAAAAACCGGACUGACUGCGUGGCACGUGUGCACUGAAAAGCUGCGGGUUGGCCCAUUGACGAGUUGCGAUGGUGAGCUGUUGCAGGCCUUUUGCGCCCAAACUUUGGCACGAUUAGCGCGUGCCUUCGCUAGCCAUUUCGAUGUGAACUCACAAAGAUCUGCCAGAGAUACCUUGGAGGCUUUACUAGCAGUGCAUGCCUAUGGACAAACCUUGGUGUGGAAGCAACUAGCAUUGGCAUUGGCCUGUGCAGAGCUUUGGCUUGGUACUUGGGCGGCUGCUGCAUCUCUGAACACCAGUCUUCCAGCCACAGUGAGACGAGAGCUGUUGGUGUUGCCUGCUGAGCUCCUUUUCGACUCCAAGGCCUUACCCUUGACCGACAAGGCUGCGCGGCAGCAGGUGGCUGCAUCGCUGUUUAGCUCGUGCGAUGGGGUCUUCGCCUUUCUGUUGGAAGCACAAUCAGAUGCAGAGCAGAGCUUUCGGAUACUGAGUGCUUGGUUGCGAGCUGUGCGCAAGGCGCAAAUCUGGCUGCCGACCUGUGACGCUGCGCAGCCUCUCAGGCACCUGGCCGGGCACUUGUGCACCAUUUUGGCUGCAGCAGAAAGCGCUCCGGCACAGGCGUCGGAGCUCGCGCAACAGCUGGCAAAGUGGAACAGCGCACCACAAGAAGUUGCGACGAUUCUGAAACCCUUACUGCAGCUGAUCAUGAAGGACAGUGACCUCAGCAUGGAGAUUGUGUCAGAAGAUUCUCCGGCGUGGAUGUUGUCGCUACUGCAAGUCCUAGCAGAAGAUCUCUGGCCCAGAGCUGCCGUGGGCGAAGUCGAUCUAGACUCCGAACUCAUCGCAAAGCAAGCAUUUAAAUUGUUGGAUACAUCAUCCGUGCCGUGGCUCAAUGCAGACGAGGUGGAGGUGGAGGCAUCCAUUCAGGUUUGGCACAGCUUCGCAGAGACUCUCCAUGCAGCUCUCCGAGCAUCCGACGAGUCCGCCUUCGAAUCCUCGCGGCGUUCACCAAUGUUUGCACAUCCUGAGAAGCGAAGCCGAAGAAGUCAAGAUCGAUGGCACCUCACAGGCGAACGCCUCAGGGAGGCAACCAUGGUGAACCUACUAUUUCAGCUAUUGGUUCAGAAGUUGCUGGAUUGCAUGAGGCUUCCAGAAAUCCCAGAAGAUGAAGAGGCACUUGAACUCCUCCAACAUGCAAGACAAUCGGUAGAAGCUGCUUUGCGACCGUGGGCGGCAUUGCUCACCAACGCAGAUACCUGGAUAGCAGAGCUUUGGAAUCCUCUGCAGGAAGUACAGAACACGUUAGCUGCCAUGGGCGAAAAUGAUGAAGGCUUCAUGUCUGUGGAGGUGUCCAGAGACGUGGAAACCGUGAUUUGGUUUUUCGGUGCCUUCUGCAGCUGUUUGCCAAAGGAUCAGGUUGCUGCGGCUGAAGCCGCGUCUCAUGCUGUUUCAGCCCUGAUUCCGCAAAUUCACCAGCUGGAUGCGGCCCUUCCGCCCUGGAAAGCUCUAUUGUGGUCUUCAGUGUGUAGAUUUUCGUCUGCGGUGAAUUCCAAGCUGCCUGCUGGAAGCGAACCAAUUCUCCUGGAUUGGAUGUUGUGCAGACCGCCCACGGAUGCCGAAGCUCCAACGAUGCUGGAAAUCACAGAACUGCCCUAUGCGAAAGCCAUAGAGGCAGCUUGCCAGCGCCUGCCCCACGUGGCCACAGCCAGUGCCCCAGUGGGCACGGCCACCAAUACCAACAUCGGGGAGAAACUUUUGCUGCUGGCAUUUGGCACAUGGGAUCCCUCAGUCAAGUUGGAAGAGCGACAGAUGGAGGCCAAAACUCACUACCUUUCAGCUUUGAGAUCUGCAAUGGCUCUUUCCCCAGAACUGCUUUGCCAAAGUCUCGUGAGCAAUGUCCUACCAAAGCUCUCCAUGGCGUCGUCGAUGGAAGUCAAGGCUGCUGGCUCGACAUGGAAGGAGAAAAGCGCCCCAUGGCCAGCAACAAGGCUUCUGUUCGAAACUUUGACAGCAUUGCUGCCGGUCAAUCGGCCAGCUGAUGAGUCCCAUCCAUCGAUUGCUGUUUGGCGCCAAGCUUGGCCUGUCUUUGAGGACGUUUUGCUCAGACAUCACGUUGAUGCAGCUUCAGAUCAGCCAUUGAAGGCAGCUGUGGAGGCUUUGCAGCGCGCAGGAAUCCAUGCUCCUGUUCUCUUGGCAGAGGCACUACAAUUAUUCUCCAAAUGCCUUCAAGAGCGCGAUGUUUCAGAAGUACUUCCUUUGGCUAUCCGUGAAAUUGUUGUGGCUAUUCCAUGUCCACCGGUGGAUCCCGGCAAAGCAGCAGAGUUGCUGGCCGCUGCUAUCACGAUCGCGGCAGAACAAGUGUUGAAACAAUCUCAGGCUAUUGAGAUCCCAGAGGUUUUAGCUGCCCAGUUUGAGCUCCUAGCGGAGGCUGUUCGACCUUCAUCCCCCGGCACAGCCGGACAGGGACCCUGUGAAGAUAGGCUACGGCCCCUCCUCCUGAGCCAGCGGGUCCUGAUCUCACGCUGCCUGUCGCUGGUCUCUCUUGCUCUACCGGAUUGUCCAUCAGAGCGUGUCUCGAUACAGAUGCUUCGUUUCACCAAACAUCUCAUGAGCGACGAAGAGGCUGAGCCCGAUGCCCACAGAGCAUUGCUGCAGACGUCCCUGCCAACGGUCUGUGCAGCUUUGUGCCGGGCGUUAGCGACUCAAGAUUUCUUCACGGAAUCCGAGGCUUUAGCAGAGGCCGGGGAGCUUUUCUUAUCCGCGGCCACUGUCCUACCAGAGCAGCUUUCACCCGCUCUCUCUGCUGGUCUCAGUCAGCUGGACCUGCCGGACCACAGCAAGGUCCUUCUGGAGCAGCAUGUACAGGCUCGAGGGGAGUGGAGCAAGAAAAGCCAUUGGUUGGAACAACUGCAGCAGAUUGUGGUGGAGUGGCACAGUGAACGCAGAUUGACGGUGCAGUGAGUGCCGUUGGGGUAAGCCGAUUUUGUUUUGGCGCGCACGGAAGCGGUUGCUGCGCCAGACAGAUGGUCGCUACCACAAAGGGAUGAGAUCGGUGCUUUCUUCCAGCCGUUUCAGGGUCUGUGG